AUGACUGACAUCUCCAAGACUGGCGACGACACGUCAGUGCAUCGAGCUGAAGAUGCCAAACAUGAUGCCGACCCCAGCCUGAAGCAUCAUGCUAUGGUGACCAAAGACGGUGAUCGUGCCGCGGAACUCAUCGGCACGCAGCACGUCGAGCUCACAGAGGAAGAUGUAAGCGAAGCAAUCCGUAUACAUGACAGCGAGCGGAUAUAUCCGCCCCAUUUCGUCACCGCUAACAUCCUUAUCCUACCCAGAACAAGCGAAUCCGCCGCAAGACUGACCGUCAUAUCCUCUCAAUCCUUGUCUGGUAAAAAGCCGGCCCAGGUCUACUUUCUCCAAAUCCUCGACAAGUCCGUGUUGGGAUACGGUGCCGUCUGGGGACUGCGCAAAGACACUAAUCUCACCGGUAAUCAAUACUCCAUGGUGGGCUCUAUUGCUGCGAUUGCACAGCUGGUAUGGUUGCCAUUUUCAUCGUGGAUCAUGGUCCGAGUACCGCAUCGGAUUCUGAUGCCGGCACUCGUUUUCGGAUGGGGCACCUCUCAGGCCUGCAUGGCUGCCUGUCACAACUAUGGAGGACUGAUUGCAACGCGUUUCCUGCUGGGCCUAUUCGAGGCCGCCUGCCUGCCGCUAUUUUCUGUCAUCACCUCCCAGUGGUACCGUCGUGCCGAGCAGCCGAUGCGGGUCGCCUGCUGGUACGGCACCAAUGGCCUGGCUACAAUGUUUGCGGCCGCGGUGUCGUAUGGGCUGGGUCAAAUCGACAGCCACAUCGCGUCUUGGAGAAUUUUGUUCAUUUUUGUUGGAGUCCUGACGGUGCUUACUGCCCCCGUUGUCUACUGGCGGCUCGACAACGAUGUCGCUUCUGCGCGGUUCUUCACGGAAACCGAGAAACUCCAGGCUAUCGAGCGUCUUCGAGCCAACCAGACCGGAACUGGCAGCCGCGACUUUAAAUGGGGUCAGGCUUUUGAAGCUCUCAUCGAGCCAAAAAGCUGGCUAUUCAUUGGCAUGGCGCUUUGCCUCAACGUAACCGCCGCUGUCACGAACACCUUUGGCCCGCUGAUUAUCGGUGGCUUCGGCUUUGACAGCGCUCGCACGUCUUUACUGAAUAUCCCCUUUGGAGCGGUGCAGCUACUGGUUAUCUUCCCCGCCUCUUAUUUGGCUCACCGAUUCCGCAUCAAGUCGGUCUUCCUGGCUCUGGUCAUGCUACCAGUGUUGGCGGGGGCUGUCAUGCUCUAUCUUUUGCCACGUGGUUACAUCCCGCCACUCCUCGCGGCCUAUUACAUGCUUGCCUUUGUUUUCAGUGGCAACCCCCUCAUCGUGUCUUGGAUGAUUUCAAAUCUUGGCGGAGCGACGAAGAAGUCCGUUGUGAUGUCACUGUACAACAUCGGCUCUUCUGCAGGUAAUAUCAUCGGCCCCCUCCUCUUCAGCUCGGCCGAUGCACCAGAGUACAAGCCUGGUUUAACCAAGACCAUGGGCAUCACAUGCGCACUCCUUGCAGUCAUCGCGCUUCAGGUUGUGAACCUGCUUUUCCUCAACAAGAUGCAGGAACGAAAGAGAGUCAGGAACGGCAAACCCGCUAAGAUUCGCGACCUCAGCAUGGAGCACCGGUAUAUCAAUGCGGAUAGUGAUGAAAGCGGACCUCAGCUCGGUGCCAAUGCGUUCAAAGAUCUGACCGACUCGAAAAACGACGAGUUUGUAUAUGUUUACUAG